AUGCCCGUCUCUACGCGACUUCAGAAGAAGCGGCUUGAAGCCAUGAAUCGGCGCUCGCUACGCCGCUAUUCCCGUCAAAGCCAGAUCACAUCGGAUCGUUUCACGGAUCCCCUGAAUCUUUGCAGCGUGAUCCAUGAGCUUCCUUCGAAGACUCCUCGAAAGAAGAAAUCCAACAAAUUGAAACGGGCGAAAAUCGGGGACACGCCCAUGGCAAAAGUGAUGGAGUCGUUGUCUUUGGAAACCAAGUCGCCGACACCUCAUACUAAAUCGAAUCGCAGCACCAUGGCGGGGGCCAAGGAAUCCAAGGCAAAGGCCGAUGACAAGAGUUCGGCAAAGAAAUGUGUGCGUACCAAGAAGAUGAAACGCACGGCCGAACGUCAAAUUACGAAAGAAGAGGACGAGGACCGUCAUGAGGACCUACGGAAUGAAGAAAAGCAGGAGGCCAAGAUUGGUGGAUCCUUUGCCGAGGCCGAUCCUUCUACGAACGAGCUGAAGACACGAGUAUUCGUGAAAGCUGUGCGUCCGAAACCGUCCAACGCCGGUGCUUCCACCGCUGCUACUGCGCCAACCGCCCUUGCCAGCCCUCUUCGAAAGGCAAGUGAUAAGUCGGACUCUGGAAAACCCAUAGGAUCGGCUACCGCGAGUGCUGGUUUUGGCUUCAAGUUUGGAUCUACCAGCAGUGGUGUUUUGGGGGGUGCAGCAUCCUUCAAGGAAUGCCAAGAGCCAGUUUCUUUAUCGAAUGGUUAUGUCUUUGGUGGUGUGUUUGUGUCUUCGGCAGCCUCCAAGGAAAGCCACAAGCCAGAUUCUGCUGGUUUUGACUGCAAGUUUGGUUCUAGCAGCAGUGGUGGUUUUGUGUCUUCGGCAGCCUCCAAGGAAAGCCACAAGCCAGAUUCCGCUGGUUUUGACUUCAAGUUUGGUUCUAGCAGUGGUGGUUUUGUGUCUUCGGCAGCCUCCAAGGAAAGCCACAAGCCAGAUUCCGCUGGUUUUGACUUCAAGUUUGGUUCUAGCAGUGGUGGUUUUGUGUCUUCGCAGCCUCCAGGAAAGCCACAAGCCAGAUUCCGCUGGUUUUGA